AUGACAUCACGCAAGCGCCCCGUGCAGGAGGAUGACGAAGAUGAUCACGUCGCCAAGAGAAGGGGAUGCGCUCCUCCAUCCUCCCCUCUACUUCUACUUUCGGGAGUAUCCAGUAUCCACGACUGCGAGAGACUUAACGUCAUCGAGGAGGGCGCCUUCGGUGUCAUCUACAAGGGGCGGGACCACCGAACCGGCGAGAAGGUCGCCCUCAAAUGGAUCCUCGGCGGCGGCGUCGGUGAGCACGGGCCGUCCGGCAUGACCGCGCUGGACCGCGAGGUCUGUUGCCAGGCCGCCUGCUCCGGCUACCCGUCCAUCAUGGAGAUCCUCGACGAGGUUCAGGACACCGAACUCGGGUACAUGUUCCUCGCCAUGGAGCUCGCCGACGGUGGCAGCCUCUCUGACCUCAUCUCGGGGCUGUUGGGCUCCCGUGCGCCACCUGGCCGCCGAGCGGCGGGGUGGAACGUGCGCGCGGCCUUGUAG